GCAGCACAUUUGCCGUCGAUGGAACAACUGAAGAAUCCACAACUGAAAUAGAAACAACUGUAGAUUCUACAACGGAUUCAUUAACAACGGAAGAAAAGACAUCUGUUUAUGCUACUACUACGCAAUCAACAAUGGAAGAGAAAACAACUGUUCAUAUAUCAACCGCUGAAUCAACAAUGAGAGGGAAGACCACAACCUAUGACACUACUAACGAUAAAACGACUGAAGGAUCAACUACAAAAGAGAAGACAUCUACCUCCGAUGCAACAACCGAUAAAUGUUCAACGGCCGUUGCUACUAUCGUUUCUAUUACCACCUUACCUGUGACGCAACCAUCUAGUACCCUAUUACAGACUACACCGGUCUGUAGCGAGGGUCUUAGACUAUGUCUCGGUAGUUCUGAUUGCAUCGACCCACGCUAUUUCUGUGACCUUAAGAAACAUUGUAGUAAUGGUUAUGAUGAAACAAUUGAAGCAGGUUGUAUUUGCAAGGAAGAUGAACAUCGAUGUAGCAACGGAAAAUGCAUACCAAAGGAUUUCCUGUGUGACGGUUACAAUAAUGAUUGUAUCAACAAUGAAGAUGAAGAACUCGAAGAAUGUUCUGCUGUAUGUGGCAUCCCGGAUUCCGAGAACAGUUACUUCGAACCAUUUAAAUAUAGAUAUAAAUCAGGAGAGAACGUAACAUACACGUGUUACCCAGGCUACACACUAUUUGGCGACAAGACGAAUACAUGUAAUGAGACAAAAUGGACAAAUGAUCCCCCAAAAUGUCAUAAGGAUUGCAAAGAGGUAUCGCCGCCAUCAAAUGGCAAUGUUGAGACUACUGAUCAAAUCAAGCAUAACCAGACUGUUUUAUUCUCCUGUAAUGCUGGGUACGAGCUCGUUGGUAACCAGAUACUGAGUUGUCAAGAUGGGCACUACAAUGGAAGCACCAAUCCUACAUGCUUAGAUAUUAAUGAAUGUGAAUCGAGUCCAUGUUUAAAUGGAGGUACUUGUAACGAUGAAAUUGCAAAUUUUACGUGUAGGUGUUCUACGCAGUGGAAUGGCACCAACUGUGCUACAGAUAUUGACGAAUGUGCCAUGGGAACUGAUGAAUGUCACGUGUCAGCAUCGUGUGAAAAUACAAAUGGAAGUUAUAACUGUAGUUGUGACAAAGGUUAUUACGGCGAUGGAAUCAACUGCUAUGAGUAUGUAUUUUUCGAGUUUGAUCAAAAUGACAGCUCAAGUUUGCGAGAGAACUAUGACAAAAAGAAUGAUUCUGAGCUAAUAUCUGCUACUUUUAGGCCACCAUUUGGCUUUCCAUACGGCAGUAAAUUUUAUCAAGAAAUAUAUUUCACCGAAAAUGGCGUAAUCGUAUUUUCCGAAGGAAAUGCCAACAAAAUCGGAUUUCCGAAUGCUUACGAAUCCGGAUUUACAGGUGACAGUUCACAAGCAAUGAUUGUAGCUCCUUUUUGGACCGACGUUGACCUUACUAAGUCAUAUGGUGAUGUGUUCUACCAGGUUCAUGAUACAUACGACUCGGUAAUCAAGGAUGCAAACCAAAGGAUUUGCACUAAUUUCAGUCACUUACAAUUUAAUGGUACAUGGAUGUUGGUUGUUACGUGGUAUAAGGUUCCUCAAUAUUCAGCUGAAUUUACAUAUGAACAGCCUAAUACAUUUCAAGCAGCAUUGAUAACAGACGGAAUUUAUGGAAUCAUAUUCUUUAAUUUUGAAGAGACGAGAAUGCAGUGGGACACUUCAAUCAUUAUAAAUAAGAAUCUUAUCAUUGGUUUUAACCGUGACGAUAAGUUCGAAAAUAUACAGCUAGAAGAGCCAUAUAAACCUGAUAUUGUAAAUGGAAACACGAACCUUAAAGGAAGGUGGAUUUAUCGGAGUGAAAACAAUACAGAUCAGACAGUGAACCCAAAAAUGGAAUGCUGGGCAUGGUACAAUAGACAACCAGAUCCGAUUACUUGGCAUAAAAAUCUAGGUUCCUGUCCUUGUGGAUUCGGUCAAGCAAGUGGAGAUUUAAAGUUUUCGCCCAGUAAUGACACAGUCAGUUUAAAUAAUGAACAGUAUGAAGAUUCGUUAAUAGACUCACUGAACAAGCACAUGAAAAACGCCAUUUGUAUGCGCACCACAUUGACAAAUAUUAAUGGAGCCGGCUUGCAAUGCUGCUACCGAGAAGAUUUUUCGUUGAUAGAGGGCUUCGAUGAGGUCCAAACAAGCAGCUUCAUGUUACGUCAUCAGUUUCAACCAGCAUUUGGUGUGGAUAGUGAUGAAUACGACCGAUAUUUAAAGGAAGAUCUUAUCCCACGCUAUUACUGUUGUGACGCCUCCCAAGACCAAUCUUUUUGCAAUAUGUACAUUGAAAAGCGGCCACUAGGAAAAUGUGAUGGUUAUAUUCCACCAAAAACCGGAUGGAUGUUUGGUGAUCCUCACUUACAGACACUGGAUGGGGUAGAGUUCACAUUUAAUGGAUUAGGAGAGUACGUCCUCGUGGAUGUAGACGAUCAAUUUAUCAUUGUUCAGGGUAGAACUGAGAAGUUUCAAGACUUCAAUGCCACAAUCUUUACAGCAUUUGUUGCACAACACAACGGAUCUACCAAGUUUCAAAUAUCAUUGAAGGAAAAUAAUACUUUUGACAUUCUUCUAAAUGAGACGGACACGAUUAAUCGAACAGUUCUCAGUGUCGGUCCCUAUAUCCCACCAGAAGAUCCAAGUUUUUCUGUGAAGCUAGUAUCAAGUAAUACUAGUGAGAGUGUAGUAGCACUGUGGUCAUCUGGGUUCGCCAUGUCAGUAACACCAUCCCUCGACAUGUUUAACAUAUUAGUUUCCAUUCCAGAAUCGUUCAAGAAUAAAACAAAAGGUUUAUUUGGAAUUUGGAACGGCGAUAAGAGUGAUGAUUUUUCCUUUCCAAAUGGUACAAUAUUGCCAGUGAACAGUAGUAAUGAAAAGGAUAUAUUCAUAUACGGAGAAACAUGGAGAACUUCCCCCAAUUCAUCGCUGUUCUACUAUAUACAAAAUCAAAGUUGGAGCGUAUUUAAUGAUGUUAAAUUUUUACCUGUAUUUUUGGAGGAUUUACCUGUAAACCUUUUUGCUGCGAACGAUCACGGCAUCUACGACAUAUGCGGAAGUGAUAGUAGCUGUAGUUAUGACAUAUUAGUUACAAAUAAUGAAGAACUUGCAAAAAGCACAAAAGCAACAAAUUCUAACAACAAAGAUGUUGCUGAAAAGCUUGCAAACUUCCCACCUACUUUUGUUGAUGUACCGCAGCAACUUAAUGUGACCGUCAAUCAAUUAUUUACUUACAACAUCAGUGCAGAAGACGAGGAGGAAGGCAACGUAUAUUACUCUCUGUUAACAGAUUCAAACGAUCCAUAUAUUAAUGAGUCUACUGGUGUCUUUACUUGGACACCUGUGGACACAUCAAUGACGCAGAUUGCAUUUGUUGCCAGUGAUGAAAACUCUGCGACGACGACACAUCAACCGAAUGUUUUCAUUUGUGACUGUAAAAACGAAGGAAAAUGUAUCUUUGAUAAACCAAGACCUGAAUCCAAUGUUGCUGUUGAUAAAUUUGCAAUUGUUGAUUGCGAUUGUACACCGGGAUACACUGGUUCUGAUUGUAGGACAGAUUACGACGCUUGUGAAGAUAACGUUUGUUACCCAGGCGUUACUUGUAUUGACGAACCCCCUCCCUCUGAAACAGCUACCUGUUCCGCCUGCCCCACCGGCCUUGAAGGAGAUGGAUUCAAGUGUUUUGACAUCGACGAAUGCCAGAACAAUAAAACUAUCUGUCAGCAGAAUUGUCGAAACCUUGUACCUGGAUACGAAUGCUAUUGUUACAAUGGAUAUAGACUUCAGCAGCUUGAUGGAAACAGUAUCUGCAUCGAUGUUGACGAAUGUUUGCCUAACAAUGAACACAACUGCAGUAAUAAUGCCGUAUGUAAUAAUACCAUUGGUUCAUACAAUUGUAUGUGUAAGAUCGGCUAUGAAGGUGAUGGAAUUGCUUGUAGAGACAUAGAUGAAUGCACAACGGUUGCUGAUGCAUGCGAUGUAAAUGCAAAAUGUACUAACACUGAAGGGUCGUAUGAAUGUGACUGUAACGAAGGGUUUAGCGUUAAUGGGACUCAUUGUGACGACAUUAAUGAGUGUAACUUAUCCAGACAUGACUGUAACAAGAAUGCUAAUUGUAGUAACACUGAAGGAGGAUAUCAGUGUAAGUGUAUCGAAGGGUUCGAGGGAGACGGAAGGAUUUGUAACAAAAUCAACGUGUGCGAUACAAAGGAAUGUCCAGAGUAUUCUACCUGUUCAGAAGAUCUUGAGGAUUGCAUUUGCAGAGAUGGUUUCUAUUCAUCUAUUACGGCCAAUGGUACAGAUACAUGUAAAGAUGUUAACGAGUGUUCAAACAAUGCGACGUUGUGUUGGCCUAACUCAACUUGUAGAAAUGAUCCUGGGACGUUUGAAUGCGUUUGCAACAGUGGCUUUAUGAAGGAUGGAGAAACAUGCCAAGAUAUCAAUGAGUGUCUUCUUGGAAUUAGCGACUGCACUCAAGAGUGCACUAAUACAGCUCCAGGCUAUAUUUGCUCAUGUUUGGAUGCAUUUAAACUUGAACAAGAUAAUGUAACGUGUACCGUUUCAGAAAAUUCAACAUGCAACAAUGAAACUAUUUGUGGCCUCGGAAUAUGUUACGUUUUAGAUGGAAAUGACACGUGUUCGUGUAACAACGGUUUUGACUUUGUCAAUAAUACAUGUAUAGAUAUCAACGAAUGCGAUGGGAAUAAUUCAUGCGAAAUGGAUUGUAUAAAUACGUUAGGUGGCUACAAUUGCAGUUGUUCAAAAGGCUAUGAGCUUGACGCCGAUUUUAGAAAUUGCAUUGAUGUUAAUGAAUGUCUAUCUGACAAUACAAAUAAUUGUUCAGAAGAUGCAGAUUGUGUUAACAUUGAUGGCGGAUUUAACUGCGCAUGUUCGAUAGGAUACAACGGAACUGGUUACAUAUGUGAAGACAUCAACGAAUGUGCCAAUCAGCCGUGUUCCAAUAACAGUAAAUGCAACAAUACAAUUGGAUCCUACACUUGUCGAUGCGAUGACGGAUAUAUACUAAAUGAAGGGGAAUGCGAAGAUUUCAACGAAUGUGUUUCGACCGAAAGAUGCGAUAGUAACGAACUUUGCAAAAAUUUUCCCGGAGGCUUUGAAUGUGAAUGCAAGGCUGGGUAUACAAUAAAUGCAACAGAAUGUGAAGAUAUCAAUGAAUGUAAUGAAGACCCAUGUGACGUAAAUGCGAAAUGCGAAAACACAGAAGGAUCAUUUCUAUGUUUUUGUAAUAAAGGGUAUUACGGCAACGGGAAGUUUUGUGAGAAUUAUAACGAAUGCGCUAAUUCAACUAUAUGCGGAGCUUAUACAUAUCACUUUUUAGAUAUUAACGAAUGCGAGACAGAAUCAAAUUGUCCUGAAAACUCAAAUUGCUUUAACAUAAAUGGAAGUUAUUAUUGUGAAUGUAAAGAUGGCUAUGACGGCUACGACAGUGAUCGCUCAUGCAAAAAUGUUAAUGAGUGUGAGUUUGACUUGGAUAACUGCGAGGACCAAAGAGCCAAUUGCAGUGACACUGAUGGCUCAUAUGAAUGUAAUUGUAACAAAGGUUUUGUUGGUAAUGGAACGUAUUGUGAGGAUGUGAACGAGUGCCUUAGUACACCAUGCAAUACAAGUCUGUUCGAGAAAUGCGACAACACGAUUGGCGGUUUUAACUGUAUUUGUCAGACGGGUUACUAUCGUAGUAAUUCAGGUUUACCAUGUACAGUUGCAGUUACUCAAGAACUGAAUGUUAACUUCACUGAUGUAAAAGGUGUAAAUAUCAAAAAGUCUGAAAAUCAGAAUUUUAAUUUAGAUAUGAUGAAAGAGGGCCUUGCAAAAGACGUUCUUGAUCUUUUUAAACGAAGUAAUAGCAGCAGUCAGUUCUUAAAUGUUCAUGUUUCAUCGUUCACCAUUUUGGAAUCAGUAGCAGACGUAACCUUUCUAAUUGAUCUAAUAUCAGACACUAACAUCACAACAACUGACACAAGAAAAUUGUUCGUAGAUGGAUUGGAAGGACGUAAUGGCAAUCUUCUACGACCCGACAGUUACGUUGUUCUCAAUAGCUUACUAGUUGAUGUACCAGAUAUUGAUGAGUGUAAAGGUGACCCAUGUGAUAAAGAUCGACAUGAACAAGACUGUGUAAAUGAAGAAGGCAAUUACUAUUGUACUUGUGAAUUUGGAUACGUGAACACAACUACUAAAGGCAACUGCAUAGAAUCAAAGACAUUUAGAGCAGAAUCUACUAUUGAAAAACUAGAUGGCAUUGAGGAGGUGAAGUGGACAGAUGAUCUGAAAAACAAAGAAUCAGAUAAAUAUAAACACUAUUCAUCAGCGUUAUCUACAUCU